AUGUCUUCUGAUCCUAACGACAAUCAAUACCAGGAGGCUAUUAAUGGGCUCAAGCCGUUAUCAAAUGCCGAUGGCUAUUCUCUACCCGCGACAGGAUCCGAUCUCUCACGCUUGGGUGCCCGGGAUGGCUUCACAAUAGAGCGCGGCCUUGCCUUGGGAGAGAUAGACGACGACGAUGAUGAAGAAGAGGCCGAUGAAGACUACGUCGCGGUUGACCAUGACGAUAUCAACGAAUUCCCCCACUGGUUCCGUCGCCCACCGGUACAUCAUCGCACAAAGUUGGACGAUCUCCAUCCUUUUGUUCAGGUUCUUACUGUGUCAAAUGUGGAUGACUGUGUGAACGUCGAACAGACUUUCCCGGAACAAGAGCGCUGUUCCCGAGAGAAAUUCAUCUAUCGCCUCGGUCGAUGCCCCGAACUCUGCUUGGGUCUCUUUACCCUCCCUGUUGUCAAGGAAGGGGAGCCCAAGCCGCGCGCGACUCUUGUCGGACAUGUUAUUGCGACUCGAACCUCCACUCCUCAUGUGACGGAUAAAUCUAUGCAACUCCCUGAGAAGUGGGAGACCGAGAGGCAGACCAUUGAUAAUGGUGAAACUGUUGGUCACGACGAGUACGGCAACACGAUUGCGAUCCACUCUCUCGCGGUCUUGCCAGAGCAUCAGGGCAAACAAGUCGGGAGUACCUUGAUGAAGUCCUACAUUCAGAGAAUCAAGGAAGCUCAGAUUGCGGAUCGUCUUGUCCUUAUUGCUCAUGAUCAUUUGGUGUCAUACUAUGAAUCAUUUGGGUUUGAGAACCGGGGUCCUAGCAAGUGUCGGUUUGGAGGAGGGGGUUGGACUGACAUGGCUCUCGAAUUUGCUAAAGAGUAA